AUGGGAGGGAAAUGCUGUAGUUAAGUUGAUUAAAAAUAGUUAGAAAUUAACUUAGGAACUUCAUCUAUCCUUAAUAAAGAUUCUAAUACGAAUGAACUUGAAUUGAAUAUAAACUCUUAUCCGUAUGACAAAGAAGUAACUGCAGGAGUAAAUCGAGAUUUUUAAUAAAUAAAUCAUAUGAAAAUGAGCCAAGGAAUUUAAACUGUCAGUGCUAUAUUUUAGGAUAAAGUUUCAAAAAGCGAAUACAAUAUUUCUGGAUUAAUUAGAUCACAUUUAAACGAAACUUCCCUUAACUAGGUAUAAUUUCAUAGAAUAAAAGAUGACAUGAAUUUUGAAGUUUUAGUUGAUCAAAUGAUUAUUACUUUAAAAGAAUUUCAAUAAGUUAUUUAAAAAAAGAAAAAAGAACAAUUUAAAACUCACUAAAAGAAAGAGUUACCUGAAGAAUGGUUAAUUCUAUUUGCUAUUCAAGAUUAUUUAAAUAGAUAAUUUUAAAACUAAAAUAAUUAAUAAAUAAGAGUUUUAGCUUAAAAUACCCACUCUGUCACGACCCCUACAAAUUUUAGACAUAGCUGGAGCUUGACAAAUAAUAAUAUUAAUAACAAUAAUAGCUCUUAUUAUUUUAACAGCAACAACAACAAUAAUAACAACAACCAAAAUUAAUAAUAAAUUUCUAACCAAAAUUUAACUUCUCAAAAACAAAAUAAUGAAAACCAAAAUAAUAAAUACGCAACUAAUAAGCCAAAUGUAAGAUUCCAAGUGCUAAAACACUUUAAUUCUGAAAGCGAUUUGGAAUUUAAAAUAUCAGAAAAGCAAUAAAAUAUCUUAUCUGUAAUAUUUAUGAGAAUUUUUUAUACAAUUUAUUCCAAGAAACACCUAAUUGUUUGUUAAGAAUCAGCUAAACUUUUUGAAGUAAUUGAAUUUAUAGCAUUAAACUUUAUAAGGCUGGAUUAAAGGGAAGUUAAGUACCUGAAUCCUGAAGAAUAGCUAGCUAUUCUUAUUGAAAUAGGGAAGUUUUUACAAUUAUAUGGAAACCAUCAGUGCACUCUUAACUACUAUAAUGUUUUAGAAAUGGACUUUCAUAGAACUUUCUCUAAAUAGUUUAUAAAGCUUUAUGAACUGUAAGCUUUAAACCUUAGUAAACUAGGAAAAUAUAGAGAAUCCAUUACAAAAUACAACUUAGCUCUUACCUUUUAAGAACAGGAAGAAGAGAAAUCUCAGAAAGAACAUUAAUUGGUAAAUCAAAAAGAAGCAUCUUCUGCUAUAUCUCCUACAAUAUCAAGGUUCAAUUUAGAAGAAAAUCAUAUCUAAAAAGAAAAUGAUAAGGUUUUUGUUAAUACCAGUAACGUUUCGAGUUUAAUCGACAAGGGUUUAAUUUGUUAUCAGAUUGCAUAAAUUUAUUCAUCAUUAAAAGAAUUCGAUAAUGCAAUAGAAUACUAUUAGAAGAGCUUAGAUUAUAAUUAAAAAAGUAAGGAUAAAGCUAUUAACUUAAGCUAUAAAUCAAUAACAAGCUACAUAAAUAACAACAAAAAUGAUGAAAUUAUUGUAAAUAACACUCCCUAAAAAAUAGCAAAUAUGUUUUCAUAAUAAAGUUUUGAGUAGCUUGAUUAAACAGGAGCAAAGAAUAUUUAAGAAAUAAAUAAUUCAAAGCAAUAAAAUAAUAUAGAUAUUAGAAAUUGUAGCAUCUUAUAGAGUAUUUCAUAAAUGUACUUCUAAAAAAAUGACUUAGACUAGGCAUUAGAAUAUCUGAAAAGAGCGUACGAAAAGUAUCAAAAAGAAUUUAAAUUAACAGAGCAGACUAAGUACAUAAAACUUCUAACUUAAAUGUGCAGUAUUUUUUCAUCCUAAGGCAAGUUUUCUGAAUCAAUUAAAUAUGCAGAGGAAGCUCUUACUUUGAUUGAGCAGAAGUAUGGCACACAAAAUUUCAAAGAGCUAAAAUCAAUUCUAGAAAAUCUUUAAAUACUCUAUCUUAAUGAAAAGAAAAUUUUAUAAUCUUUAGAAGUAAAUAAAAGGCUGAUUAAAUUGGUAGAGGAAAAUAAUGUUGAUGAUUUAAUACUAGCUUAAUAUCUGGAAAAUAACGGUACACUGAAUUAUAAGAUUAAAAAUUAUGAAGAAAGUUUGAGAUCUAGUUACUUUGCUCUUAAAAUACUGAAAGAUCAAUAUGGAGAGAAAAGUAUUCAAGUUGCAAAAAUAUAAUAAAAUAUAGCAUAAACACUUUCUCAGUAAAAUAACCAUAAAAUAGCUUUUGAAAUGGCAAAGAGUUGUUUAGAGAUUUUUUCUUAAAAUACCCAGCUUAUAGAGCAGGAGGAACUAUCAUAUGUUUUAUAUAACAUAGCUUAGUUUGCUUUAAAUGUAGAUUUAAAAGAAGAAGCAUUUAAUUAUAUAAAAUAAUCUAAAGAACUAUUGCAAAGUGAUUAAUGCAAACAAUUUAAUAAUUACUAAGAAAUUAUUGCUCUAUAUAAUAAAAUAUCAAAACUAAUUAACUAAUGA